CAUGGGGUCGCAUUUGUGUGUUACACCGGAAGCCGCACGGAUGUGAUUUGAUGCAGCGCCUGCCCCUCUUCCGGCCUCUUUUCCCUCAGCCACCGGACGAAAAUGACCAAGGGGACAUCUUCUUUCGGUAAGCGCCGCAACAAGACGCACACCUUGUGCCGUCGCUGUGGUUCCAAGGCCUAUCACCUGCAGAAGUCCAGCUGCGGCAAGUGUGGCUACCCCGAGAAGCGCAAGAGAAAGUACAACUGGAGCGCAAAGGCCAAGAGGAGGAACACCACUGGUACCGGCCGUCUGAGACACAUGAAGGUCGUCUACCGCAGGUUCAGGAAUGGUUUCCGGGAAGGCACCACCCCCAAACCCAGACGUGCUGCAGUGGCCGCCUCCAGCUCAUCCUAAAAGACACAUUUUUGGUUAAAUAAAUGUGAUGUUCAACAAGA